UGCUUUGGCCACAGUGGCGGGGUUGCCAGAACUGGCGAUGUUGGGAUUGUGAAAUGGUGGGGUUGUAAAAUUUGCGUUUUAAUUUUCCACAGAGCCUUCAGUUUACUGUAAUUUCGCGUAAUCUUAAGAAAAACAUAAGACAGCGGUUGCUAGGACAAUAAGGGAUACCUGCUAGAUAUUGGUCUGUCUUCUAGUAAUUAUGUUUGCCAGGUGUAAUUUGAGAGAGAAAUUAAAAAAGAGGUUAUUACUAAUAUACACAGGAUUGCUUUCGUCCUGAAUGUAUACUUUCCCAGUGCUGUGAGGUUUAUUAAUAUAUGUGUUAUUGGAUAGCUGUGUGCUUACUGUGUCAAUGACAUAAUAUGUUCAAUAGGCUCCGGUGCACCGCGACCCUGCUGAGGUCAAGCGGUUAUCGAAAUUGGAUGGAUGUAUCGAUAAUAAGUCAACGGAUUUGUAUGGUAGUUCAGACUACAGAGCGAAGCAAGAGUAAGCGCUUUAGUUCGUGUAUCAUUUAUUAUAAAUACACAAUUGUGACAUUUGCUUUUAAUCCACACAUUUUUAGCUGUGCUAAUUCGGUUUUCGUGUCGUUUUCAUUUUGACAGCGUAGGCCUUUGUGCGCUUUGCAGUCCCCAGUAAAUAUGAAACUUCCAGAUGCAUGUGCGUUGAAGAGCUUUGCGGGGACUUUUCUUGCCUGCGUGGCAACCCCGAAAAGCGCGAGGGCGAACUAAACACGCAUCAUUUAUUUAUUAUUUCAGCACCGACAGCCGUGGAAAGCAAGGGGUGCUUUAUUCAUCUCACAGGACGACGAAAUUACUGCCUCCACGUCGGUCGUCCCGAACCUCCAUUUUCUAGUGUUUCCUGCCAAAGCGGCCGCUGUGUGUGACAGUCCAGGAAGACAGCGAGUCGGCGCGUUUGAGGGGAUUUAAAGAUUGACGAGCUUUGUGCGCCCUGCUGCGGGGCUGCGAGCUCGUCGCUCUCGUUCAGUCACAAAGCGGCGGCGGGCUCGCCCGGAACUCGCUGAACGCUCACUGACACCCGCGUGCCCCAGGCUCGGUCCUUCACCGGACUGCCGCAUCUCACUGCAGCUCCGCGACAUCCUGGACCGGACCGGCUGGGAACAACGGCGGGACGCGCCGGGGGGAAGAGUUUGACUCGAGCCGCCGUGCGUGUGUGGUGCCACAGAGGGGGAUGUCCGAUACAUUCGGAUCACUUCGAGCCGUCGCGUCGUGCUGCACUGAGCGCGUUUAGAGACUGCUCUCUAAAGCCCAGCAGCAGACAAGGGGGGAACAGUUCGCCGUGCACCCGCUCGUGCUCGUGCCCUGCGGUUAUCCCCGCUCGCAGCCCGACCCUGGAUCCCGCGCUCGCCCCCGUGCGUGCCGCUCAGCCGCAACAUCUGUCUCCUCUGCCGUAGGCGCUCUGCUCUCCGUGGGUACCACAGUCCCUCGCCGUCCCCGCCAUGUGCUCCCGGGUGUGGUUUGUGACGGACCGGCGGAUCAGCCAGGAGUACCCGCAGGUCCAGAUCCUGCGGGCUCUGAAGCAGCGCUGCGCCGAGGAUGAUGUCGAGUUCCGCUCCCUGCUCAUGGACCAGAUCGUGCUCACCAUCACCGACGGACAGCUCGGUCUGCGUGUGGAGCAGGAAGUGGUAACGUCCUACCCCCAGGUGGCUGUGGUGCGGGUCCCCACGCCCUGGGUGCAGUCGGACAGCGACAUCACCGUGCUGCGCCACCUGGAGAAGCUGGGGUGCCGGCUGGUCAACCGGCCCCAGGCCAUCCUCAACUGUGUUAACAAGUUCUGGACCUUCCAGGAGCUCGCCGGCCAUGGGGUCCCUCUGCCUGACACCUUCUCCUACGGAGGUCACGAGAAUUUCCGCAAGAUGAUUGACGAGGCAGAACCCCUGGGGUAUCCCGUGGUGGUGAAGAACGCGCGCGGCCACAGAGGGAAAGCAGUGUUCCUGGCACGGGAUAAGCACCACCUCUCCGAUCUUAGCCACCUGAUCCGACACGACGCACCCUACAUCUUCCAGGAGUACGUGAAGGAGUCGCAUGGGAAGGAUGUACGCGUGGUGCUGGUGGGAGGCCGCGUAAUCGGUUCCAUGCUGCGCUGCUCCACGGACGGACGCAUGCAGAGCAACUGCUCCUUAGGUGGUGUAGGAAUGAUGUGCCCCCUGAGCGAGCAGGGCAAGCAGCUGGCUGUGCAGGUGUCCAACAUCCUGGGCAUGGAUGUGUGUGGCAUCGACCUGCUCCAGCUCAACGAUGGCUCUUUCGUGGUAUGCGAGGCCAACGCCAACGUGGGCUUCAUUGCCUUCGACCAGGCCUGCGGGAUGGAUGUGGCGGGCAUAGUGGCCGACUACGCCCUCUCGUUGCUGCCCAGUCGUCUCACCCGCAAGAUGUCCCUGCUGUCGGUGGUGUCCAGUGCCAGUGAGACUAAUAGUGAACCCGAGGUGUGCCCCCCGCCCAGCGCCCUGCCGGAAGCUGUCUGCACCAUGAGCGUUGGCUCCACUUCCAGCGAGAGCGACCCGGAGCUGGCCGAGCCACGCCAUGCUACCGUGUCCUCUCACCCAGAUCCAAAUUCUCACCCUCACCCCAAAGUCCCCGAAGCUUCAUAUAACUUUAAUGCUCUCCUCGCCAGCGAGAUCAAACUAUUGACUGAGUGAGUCAAACAUUGCCACACAUAUGUCCGCACAGCAGUAGGAAAGCGUCAAGUCGCACACACAGACACAAUGACACCACAUCUAAACAGUGUUCUCCAUGUGAUGCAUCCACAGGUAGCUCAAACACAAGUCUUAAAACACUAAAACAUGUGGACAUGCAUCUAAGUCAAAGGCAGAUGCAAACUAACCCACCCUGAAACUCCCAGAAAGGUCUGAAAUGCUGCUCCCCUGACUUCUUCAUCUCAUCAUUAAGAGUGGAGGAAUGUUGACAUGAUAAUGAAUGGGCUGCCCUUCAGUUUUCAGCUGCAUGCAAGUGGUGAUCUCAUAUGCAAGGCAUGUUAGGAUAAUCCCAUGAGAGAAAAUCUAAGUGCAUCAAAUGGUAAAAUGACCAGGACACAUUAAACCACGUGGUGCAAGUAUAUCUCACCCUGUUCCUACCCUGAUUCCGAAACCCUUGUUCCCCAAUCAUUAUUUUGGCCCGAAGGGUUUGAGGAAUUGUUGAGGAAAGCCUUUGCUCAUUUACUGAUCUCUAAAAUGUAAGUACUUUUAAACAGAAUAGAUUUUAAACUUCCCAGAAUGACCUGCAAUGGAAUAAAGCAGUGUUGCCUAUAUUUGAUAUGGUAAUAAGGUCUACAGAUCUGCUUUAUUCCGCAGAAGUUGUUACUUACAAGACAAAAUCAUUUUCAUCUCCAAAAUGAUUCACACUAAACACUGUCAUUAAAUUAAAUUCACAUCAAAUAUGGGAAAAAAGUAUUUUUUUUAACCUCAUUCAUGCAGAGAUGCAAAUGUACUUUCUGAUUAGAAAGGGAUAAAUUAGAGUAUUGCUGCCUAACAUCACAAACCACCAGUGCUCAGACAUUCGUGAAUUGACUGCUCUGUUUUUAAAUGCUGAAGGCUGCAAAAAAAUGCUGUUUUUUUCCCUAAUACACAUGUACAAGUGCCAAACAAUGAAAACAAGAAGUAAUUGUUACUUCAAAUUUUUGAGAUUAGCAUAAUUGUGCAUUAUUUUUUAGAGUUUUGCUAGAUAUCAGCAACAAAACUGCACAAGGGACAGCAGAUAUGCCCACACUACCCCAGCGUCUACACUGUGGGCGUCCUUCACACCUCUCCCACAUCUGUGUGAAAAACACAACCUCACUGCCUGUCCCCACCUUAUAAGACCCGCAGUAGCCAACUGCUACAACCCCUUUGCCUCUCAUCCUUGACGCACCCAUCGCUGCCUGCCUGUCGACAUUACCGCACUCUCAGUAACCGACGGCCACCGUGCCGCUUCCCCUCUCCACCACUGCAGGUACAUUCACAAUAUUCCCAGUACUCAUCCAUCAUUCCAUGUCCAUCAUCCACUGCACUCGCUGCAUUUCCCCUCUCAUCGCUUCAAGCUUCUCAUUCACUCCGUCCUCAGAAGGAGUUGCAUCGAGACGAUUGCUAUAAAUAAGCUCUUGCACUUAUGGCCCAGACUCCCUCGAAAGCACAAGCAAUUAUUGUUAGACAUGGGUUGCAGCAUCAUCUGUUUUUGGACCUGUUUCGAUCUCUUGAAGCUGCACUCGUACGCACUUGUCAUGCGGGAGAUUUAUUCACCGAUCUCAGGGAGCAGCUCAGAUCUUACACUCCUACCCUAUCCCUAAAGCUCGUGAGAAAUUUACGCUAGCUAAAGAUCUGCCUCGUAUGUGUGGUGACAGAAAAACAAAAAAGUCAGAACAUAAAAAGAAACAACUUUUUUUUUUUUUUUUAACUACAGAAAAAGAUGCUGUGUUCCAUGAGGGUUGACAUUCACUCUUUUCCCCUCUUCGCUUGUUACAUACUGUUCAGUGUUUUUAUUUUCCCUUAAUUUAUUGUGUAGAUUUUUUUUUUUUUUUUCCAGUUUUUAAAGAAACUGGUUUGUGAGCACUAAUCUGUCUCAAUAAAGUGAGGCCGCUGUGAACCUGGUCUUCUGUGGGACGGUUUACUGGACUCUUGACUGGUGGGGGAUGAGACACACCUGUAGUCCCCGAGAGCCGCAGCUCUCUCAGGUGGCCAACACCAGCACUGUUGUCAUGGCAACACACAGGCAAGACAAGGGCUAGCUAGCAGUGUGCUCCAGCAUGAAGACCGUGGAUGCUGAUGCCUUCUGUUAGGACAUGUCGUGUAGCCUUCUCAUUUGUGAAGCAUGGCUGCCAUCUGCUCCUGUCUGCUGACCCUCUCUUCUGCUGGGUUUCUCCCACACAGACUUUGACCCCAUCCCCCCCAUACCGUGUCCACUGCUCCUCACCACUGGAUUUUACUACUCUUCGUCAAGUAUGAGGACAUAAGGCUAUGGCCAGCAUGACCCUGAGAGCAGCCCUGUGGAUUUUUGUCUCUGCUUAUAUACAGCACUAUAUAAAAUCAUGACAGAGCUAAUGACGUGCUUCAUCUUAAAUAAAAUAUCUAGAACAUAACUAUAGAGACUUUUUAAAGGUUAUAAUGAUCGUGUAUUACCUAAAGCCAAAGCUUUUCCUUUUAAGAUGCUUUGCAUCAUAAGUAACUCAUACAGUCAUUUCUCAAUAACAUUUCUCAAACAAGUAAUGCUCUUCUGAUCACUUCUUUUUAAGGCAGCCAGUGGGGUUAAAUAUUUAAAUCAUGCAGUGUCUUUAAAACUUGAACUAGAAACGGUGUGCAGCCCCGUUUGGUCAUGCAUUCCCAGACAGCUUCCCACCAAGAUGUCUCUUUGUGUAGAGAUCCCUCGGUGCCCUGUGACCCCUCCAUUCCGAGUGUGGGUUUGUAAUGUGAACCGCUCACCCCAUCUCCCCACAGGCAGCAGCCAUUCCAUCCUCUGGGCAAAAACCCAAAACAUUUCAGCAAUCUUAUCAACAAUGCACAAAGCUGUAGUCAGCACUCAGCGCUCUGAAUCUGGUUUUAUUUAAUCAGUUCCAUUGGCUGAAAUAUGUAUGUACAUAUUCGUUUUUAGAUUAAUGCAGUAAUGGAAAGUUCCACAUGGAAAAAAAGGUUUCUUAUUUAAAACUUGUUUUGUCAUAAACACAGUUAAUCCUGAGUCAUCCCUAUGCUUUCCUUAAUGCACAA